AUGUCGCUCACGCGCCUCACGCCCGCGGUUGCGGAGCUCAGGGAGCCCGCCUCACCUUCCCCUCCUCCUGAAGAUCCCGAUUCCCAGCCCCCGUGUCCUAAGCGGCUCCGUCUCGAGGAGCCUGGCAGGGUCUCUGAGGCGGGGUGGCGACUGCCUUUGGUGCCUCGCUUGUCUGAGGUGGAAAAAAAGUGGGACCUGCCGUCCAGGCCCUGCAAGCUGCUGCUCGUCGCAGCCGACGUGAUUUUCGACGACUCCACAGACUUGUGUGUGGAGGAAUCAGCCAGUGGCAAGCAGCUGAGCAGUCUGGGGGGCCAAGGGGGCAAAUUCGAGAUGAAAAGUGGUUUGAAGUCUGCCCCCUCACAAAAAUGGGAUUCCGGUUUGAAGGCUUCCGGAAGGUCCUCUGAACCAGGGCUGUGUGACACGGAGGCUUUCGGUGUGCCCCGCAGUGACAGAUCCCAAGCUGUGGUCCGCCAGCCUCUGCCCACCGUCUCCAUGGGCGACAUGCGAGGAGUUAAAAACGAGGACGGAAAACAAUAUAGAGUUCAAGGAAUAGACAGUAGUCAGAAAGACAACAGUUGCCGAAAACAGACAGGAAAUCUACGGUUGGACGUUACCUUUUACGAGGAGACUAAACCAACAUUUCAGGGAAUUAAGAGCAGAUACAAAGCUGACGGUGCUACGCCAUCAAAUAAAAAAGAAAAUAACAUUUCAGCAUCUAGGCUAAAAAUAUCAAAAUCUCACAACCAGCCCGGCCUGAAAAUUGCCAAACCCAGCUAUUUUAGAGAUAGCAGCACAAUAGGUAUCCCUGAGUCUCCAGCCGAUUUAAAGAGCAAAAUGUCCCCUGUCUAUUUAAAGAAAUUAGCAAAGAAGAAGAAUGACAAAUAUGAGACAUAUGUUGGGGAUUUCACAAACAUUAACUGCUCCCAAAAUAGAGUGAAUGUUAAGAAGCAAAACGUACUGAGUGAUAAAAAAAUUGCGGAUGCAGAAAAUAUUUUUUCGGAGGGUUAUGAAAGUAACCACCAGUCACUCAGUAAGCAAAAUAUUUGUGUGAGGGGAAGACACUUGACCAGUUUACUCUACUGUAAGCACAGUAGUAUCAAGUCUGAUGUAAGAGACCCCGACAAAAGUUUUACUAUAAAACUACAAACUGCAAAUCGGGAGGAAGCAGAAACAUGUCCCGACAGUUACAUGCCUACCAGAUUAGAAAAAUCUCAAAGCUGGGACUACCCUAUCAGACAUAUUUUGAGAAAAAAUAGGGAAAACAGUCAGAUUAUGCAUAAUUACAAAACUAAAUGUGAAAAUAUGAAAAGAACUGGAGAAAAAUUGAAUUUGCUACAAUUAUCAGAAAUAGGUGUUUUAAGCAAAGAAGUUUAUUAUAAUACAAAAGCCAUGACUACACAUGAAGAACAACCAAAGCUUCUCAUGAUAGGAACACUGAGUAGCCAAAAAGCUUUAAUAAAUUUUUUUUGGUUAAAUGGUAAAGGAGAAAACAAUAAUGUACUACAGUGGCAGUAUUAUACUACACAAAAAGACCGUUAUUUAAGCAAUACUUUUGAGAAUUUCAUUACAGAAAGUUUUUAUUUCCAUAAAAGUAUUUCAGAAAAUGAAGAAGAUAAUAGUAUUUUAGCUUGGCAUAAAGUUUUGAAGUGUCUAAAGCAAACUGAUGGUGUUCCAUAUCUAAUAAUUAGGAAUAUAAAUGUCAAUAGAAAGAAUAAUAUUUUAUGCAUAUAUUUACAAACCACUGUUUCAAAACCUCUACAUAGCAUAUUGAAAACCAACAUAGCUUCUCUGCUCAAUAACUUUGACUCUUUAACUGGAACUGAAAAUGAUUCUAAAUUAGAAGAGAGAUGCAUUUUCAAUUGGAUAAUGUGUUUGAACUAUCCAAAAAAUAUUAUAGUGGAAAAUCAUAUUGUAUACCUAGGAAGGACUUUAACUUUUUUAAGACCAUCAGGAAAUAAUACAAAACCUAUGUUAGAGAAAAUAAAGUUAUUUAAAACUGAGCAACUUUUCGAAGUGUCUAAGAAAAACCCCAUCAAUUCCUUUAGUGUGAUAGCCAAAAAUUUAGUUUUAAUGGACUUUGAUGACAUGGAUGCAAUUUAUUUGACAAAAAAAAUUGGUUACAAGAGUAAGACUUGUUCUGAACAAAUUAUGAAUGUGAAAACUUGGGUUCACUGUAGUACUAAUACUGUGAAAACACAUGUUAAGUCCCUUCCUCAUUUCAUACAAAACAACCAUGAACAUAUUAAUAAAAAAAUUUAUGAGCUAAAUAUGUACAACCAAGAUUUAGAUACUGAAAGAAAACAAGAGCAUAAUAAGAUCAGUAGCUUUAAUUUGAGGUCCAUAUUUGAAGAUUUCUUCAAUGUUAGGCCACAAGCCAUACUGACAAGCCACUCCACAAAACAUACUGAACAAACCAAUCCCACGAUUAUAACUCACAUGCAAAAUUUUUGGAGCUUGCUAAGAAGUGAAAUUGAGGCAAAAGAACAUGAUGUAAUUUUGAAAGAGGAAGAAAAAGACACCACACAAAGUUUAACACAUAAUUGUCAAGUUCAUAAAGAUACUAAGAUUGAAAAAAAAGAGAAAAAUAUUUUUUAUCCAAUGGACGACAUGUUUUCUAUGCGACCAGUUUCUGCAAUAAAUAAGAAAGUAAAUGUGGAAGAAACUAAAUAUGUUAAUCAAAAUGAUCUAGUUGACAGAAAUGAAUGUAAGAAUGUUUUGCAAGAAAGGGAGUUAGCUAAUUCAAAUCAUUCUCAUCCAAGGAAUGUCUCUGAGACAGGAUGUGUUAGACAUCAAUUUGAAACUGAUCUGAGUGUAAGGAACAAUGAAUGUUUUCAGGACUUAACUGCCAAGUGUUUAUCAACAACAGAAACUAUGACAGUAGGCAAAAACUUUGAGAUGAAAAGUAAAUUUGAUUUAGUACUUGAAGAACUUCGUAUGUUCCACAAGAUCAGUAAAGAAAAUGAAAUUCUAAGCACUGCAGAAACAAAUAAUGCGCAAGAAAAUUAUUUUAGAGAAAACAAUGAUGUCAACAUCUUCAAAGCGGUAGAAACAGAAAUAAAAAAGGAUUUGGAAAUGAGUACAGUCAACAAAAUAUGUGCAUCUUCUUUGAUCUGUGAUACUACAGCAGGUCCUAAUAUGCGUAAAAGACACCAACGUUUAUUUAAAUGGGAAACAGUACCCAGAAACAGAAAACAGGAAGUUCCUAAUAAAUAUUGCUGUUUAGGAACAUCAGAGGAGAAAUUACUCUAUUCUACUUCUGAGAAAGAUUGUGAAGAACCUUCAACUAAAAGACCUGCUAUUUUCUCUGAUGAAUUUAAGGAAGAAAAAAUUAAUUAUUUCAUGAAAGGAGGUAGUAAUUUUUCACAUGGAAUUUCAAGAGUACUACCUCUGAAGACAUGCAGUCGACCGAUCAGAGUUGGUUUGUCAAGAAAAGCUAAGCUUAAACAACUUCAUCCCUAUCUAAAGUAAAUAUGUUAUGAGGACUUAAGAUACUGGACUUUAAUAUUUCAAAAACUUUCAUGACAACUAUUAAUCUUUUAUUUAUUUCUUUGGAUGUUUUUCUUCUAUGUUGGGGGUUUGGGGCUCUCUUUAUUACAAGUAUGGAGAAAAUUUUAUGUGUGUGUGUGAAUUAUCUAAUUACCUUUAAAAAUUAUAUUUUAUUGAUGUUUUCAUGUAGUUAACAAUAUACACAUCAAAAGUUUUUGUGAUCUUUUAAAACAUGUCAACUUAUUUUUAUAAUAUGUGCAUAAUAGAUAAUGCUUUUGUGGAGUAGAUCUGUAUAGCCUUUAUAGUUUUCUCAAAAAGACCUGUGACGCUUAAAGAGGCAAAAAUCUUAUCUGCUUCUAUUUAAAAAGCCAGCAUUUUUCUGCUUCAUAGGUGUUCUGCAUUUGAGGUGUAAUGAAAUCUUUGCUGUUUCCCAAUGUAAUGUUUUGGUUCCUUACAAACAGGGUGGGGAAGACGAUGUAUAAAAGCUAACACUGAAAUUUUGAAACAACAGCAGAGUGAGUGAAUUUUACGUUUUGUUCACUGUUGAUGGUUAAAAAGGAAAAUCCCACCCACCCCCAUGUAAUUAUUAUGAACACUUUGUGGUCACUGUAACAUUUUAGGGGGUUGGGACAGGGAGAAAAAGUAAUAAUAGUCCACAUGUUCUUGGUAUCCGUUCAGAACAUGUCCACAUGUUCUUGGUAUCUGUUCUUGAAGAACGUAAUGCUCUUUUGCAAGACAUGUUUUAUGAUUUAAAAAAUAAAUUUAGUGAACCUAUUUUUAGUGGUCAUUUUUCACACUGCUGAAUUUCCCCACCUACCUCUAAACUAAACAAUGAGCUUGAAUUUCAGCUCCUCUGUUGGAAUAAAUAAAUGCCUCUCUUUCUUGACUUAGGCAAAAAUAUCUUGGCAAAUUCAGUUUUGGUGAUUUGAUGCUUUGAAAGUCCAUUGCUUAGAAAAAAUUUCCAUCAUAGAAAUCCAUGCUUAUAAUAAGCUGGGGAUUCUGUUUGUUUGUUUUUGCAAAUUCUUGCCCCUACUUUGCAACAGUUUUAUAUGUUAGUAACUGUGAAAAACCAAGGUGGGAAACAGUACUAAAAAUUAAGUAAUGGUAUACGUUAUACCAGAAGCCUGAUGAUAGCAAGCUUUAUUGAUCAGAGUAAUAGUUUGCUAUGGAAGCGACUGAUGCUAAAAAUAUUCUGAUUAUUUGUUAUUAGGAAAUUUCUCACUUAUAGACUUAAACUGUUAGCCUGCCUAGUGUUUAUUAGUUAAAAUUUGUAAUAUAUAUAGUUUUUCCAUUGUAUUAAAAUUGAAAAAAGAUAUACCAUUUCUU